AUGUUUCUCCACUCCCUGUUGAUGCAAAAAAUGGCAAAGAACACGCAGCAGCCAAGAAAAGAUGGCGGCGCGAGAUCAGGUGGUCUGUCGUCCAAGAAGUCCCGGUGGUACCAGCGCGCGGUGGAGGUGCUCCUCCUCGUCUGGAAGCAGCCGGCGGCGGCGGCCGGGGCCGGGGAGUCGCCGACGAAGGCCGCGGCGGCGUCGGGGGUGAUUACGACGGCCGCCGGCAAGGGCGCGGCGGCGGCGGCGGGGCCCGGGAAGCUGCGCAAGUCUUCGUCGCUGAACGUGGCGGCGUCGUUCACGCGGGUGUGCCUGUGCGCGCCCAUCUCCUCGUACAACAGCGAGUCGCUCUACUGCUUCCAGGCCGACGCGGCGCCGCGCCGGAGCUACAGCUACCCGCGCGCGUCGUCGGCGUCGGCGUCCGGGUGCGGCGUGAGCCCGCUAGUGGCGCCGCCGCCCGGCGCGGCCGAGCUGCAGCACGCCGCGGCGGGCCGCGGGGGGAGGCCACUGGCCGCGGGCAAGGGCGGCGGCGGCGGCGAGCUAGGCGGCGCGCGCCGCGUGUUCCGCGGCAAGUCGCUGACGGACGACAUCCUGAUGCGGCGGUUCGUGGUGGACGAGGAGGCGACGCGGCGGCGCAACGAGAUGGAGGUGAUCCGGCGGCGCCACGCCGCGGCAUCCAAGCGCCGGCGCCUGGGACCCAGCCCGCUCCGCCGGAUGGCGCUGGCGGAGUCGGAGUCGGAGGCCGACGCCGAGGAGGAGGCACCGGAAGCGCCUGCAGCAGCAGCUGGAGCCGGGAGGGGAACGGACAGUCGCGUGGCAGCUGCAGUAGCGUAG